AUGCCUCGAUCAAUUGCGAAGCUGUUCGAUCCCAUUCGGUGGCAACAGGAGCCAGUUGUUGAUAAUGAAGAGGUUGUGCCUGGAGAGAGGACAUCUGGAGAGAAUCAAGAUCUAGGCAGAGAAGAGAAUGGAAGUGAAGAGGAUGAGAUCCAACAAGUUGAGACGCAAAGCGACGACGGAAAUUACUCUCCUCCCUCUGGAACCCCUGAAACCGAAGUAGAAACACCUGCAUCACAGCCGCAAGAUGUUGAGGAUGACAUGGAUACUGAUAUGCAAUAAACGGAGAUGAAAAAAAUGUUGAAAUCAGUUCCAACUCCUGUACUCCUGCUUGUCGCAAGUGCGUGUAUUUCGAGAUUAUCAAACACAGAGUUUGACCGACUACUGUCUUCUCAAACAGACAGUAUGGCUCAUGAGGCUAGAAAACUUUGGGAAUACACAAGGAACAACUUUUCGACGCACACAUAUUGUAACCUAUGUGGGAAGGUUUUGGGCCAUAUCAACAGAUGUAACAUCUGCGCAAACGCUCCAGUUGCCACUUUCAUUCGUAUCGGUGGAUUUUCUCAAAUUCGAGAACUUGUUGAUUCCCAUUUAAAUGAAAUUCUCCAAAUUCGUGAAGAGUUGAAAUCUGGGAGAAAUGUAGAUCAUGUUCUCGGGAGUCCUUUCUUUUCAAGAGGCUGGGCCAAUGAAUCGAAACAUCAUCUUCACUUGUCCACACUACUUUCGAUUGAUGGCGUCCACAUUCCUGGAAACAAUAAUAAGCUGUGGCCUGUCAGUCUUCUCCUGUGUGAUCUCCCAAUUGGUCUCAUGCAAAAGUCUACGCAUGUAAUUCUCGAAGGAAUUGUUGAAUGUUCAGAUACCCCGUCCACUGCUCUGUGGAACGCACUGAUUCCGAUGUUUAUGACUGAUAUUGAGCACCAUAUUGGGAGAGUUAAGAAUAUCACAUUUUCCUGUAGAAUUACAACUAUUAGUGCGGAUCAGCCGGCUAAACGAGCAUUCUUUGGAUUUCGCCAUCAUUCUGCAAAGUUGUCAUGCUUUUUUUGCCUUGCACCGGAGACGUAUUAUAAACACGAAGGACCAAAUAGGAAACUCUCACGACCCGGGCAUUUGACUAUCCAAGAUUCCAUUAAUGGCAGAAAUGGGUUUACAGAAAAGAAGUCGAUCAUUGUCAGGCACAUUUUCCCAUACGAGACACCCAUUGAUCUUUUGCACGAUCUGGGAGAGGGUAUCUGCGAGAAAUUUCAAGAUGAUAUUUUCGAAACGAAUCCCAAAUCGCUCCUAUCUCAUUUAUUUGCCAAUGAUGCCAAUCACUUCAAAAGUGUUAUUGGAAAUAUUGUAUUGCACUCAAAUUACAAAAACAUCGGAGCAUGCAGAAAUGGAACAGACAAAACGAAUUAUUUCAGAAUUGUACUUGGGUUAGCAGCGCUGGACUGUGAAUAUAUCGCACCGAAGGGGAGAGUAGUGGUAGUUGCACUGGCGAUGGUGGCCAAUAAAAUGUUCACGAACUCCAAAAGUUCUGGUCAAUUCGACACUCAUAUGUGUGCUGCGUUGAAAUAUAUUUUGAAUACGAUCAACUAUCUAAGUGACAAGAGAUAUACCACCAUUAAAGGACACGAGAUCAUCUAUCACUUGCCAGAAAUUAAUUCUCUGUUUUAGAACACUGGACCACUUUCCACUUUCAGUUUUGAGAGUUUUUACAAUUUCACUAUGUGUGGUUACUCUAGCUCUAUCACCCGAUAUUUUCUUCAGAAUGCAGCAACUAAAUUUCUGCUUCACGCUAACAUCCGAAGAGAAAUUGCUCGGAGAGCACCAACUGAUCGCUCACGGAAUAUGAGGGAGUUCCUAGCUGUCACUCCAGUUCCUAGCUGUCACUCCUUCAAAUAGAAAAAGCAAUGUUUGUGAAUCCUCAAGCACAGUUGUUCUCACUAGAAGCUGCUGUGAAAGCAGACGACGUCGUAGAACUACCUAAUCGCAAGUGGUUCAUGUUGUCAAAAGCUAUUGAUCCAGAGAAAGUGAGCCGUUGGACUGCUGAUACCUUCAAGGUUAAUGCACAAUCAUUAUGCACGCAUGUGUAUGACCAGCUGGAGCUUGUGGAUCCAUAUAUGGGCUGUUAUGGUAUCUCCGAAAACGCUACAAUCUACAUUCCAAUCGCACAACAGUUUUUCCAACGUUUCCGUGAGUUCGCUGUGGCGGGAUUUUCCAUGCUUGAUAAGGAAACAGUCAGGAACUACGUGGAAAGUCUUCUUCGGGAUAUGAUGAAAAACAAAUUGGACAGAGUGCGUCGUGUCUACAAACUCACACACGGGGAAGAUUCGAUUCGAGUGAAGACAAGAUGGAUGAAGGAGGAGCUAGCGAAGGAACACAGUGAUAUUUUUUUCCCGGAUGAGCUCAUUUUCGUCGAAAGUCCAGAAGGCUCGGCUGAUUUGGAAAACAUGGGGGAUUUGACGGAGAAGGCUGGCGGCGAGGGAACGUCUGGAGCCCCAGCUUCAUCAUGA